AUGGUGAUUGGUGUUUUAGGAGCCGUGGAGCCGUUACUCCACGCGCUCAGGGCUUCGGAGAGUGAGAGAGCGCGUGGAGACGCGGCUCUCGCGCUCUACCACUUGUCGUUGAUUCCGAGUAACCGAACUAGGCUGGUUAAAGCGGGUGCGGUGGGGAUUUUACUGUCUAUGGUUAGGUCUGGGGACUCGGUAAGUAGGAUACUGUUGGUGCUUUGUAAUGUUGCGGCGUGUCCGGAUGGAAAAGGAGCGAUGUUGGAGGGAAACGCGGUGGGGAUUUUGGUGGGGAAGCUUAGGGAAGGAGGAGGAGGGGGAGAUGAGGCGGCGCGUGAGAAUUGUGUGGCGGUUUUGUUGACGCUUUGUCAGGGGAAUUUGAGGUUUAGAGGGUUGGCGAGUGAGGCUGGAGCUGAGGAGGUGUUGAAGGAGGUGGAGGAGAGUGGGAAUGCGCGUGUGAAGGAGAAGGUGGGGAAGAUUCUGGAGGCGAUGAGAGGAGGAGGAGAGAGUGAGUUUGGGGGAAAUGUGGAGGCGCGUGAGUGGAACAGGAUGAUGGAAGCGAGUGGUUUGAGUCGGACUCAGUUUCAGGGAGGGCAAAAUGGGGGUUUUGCUUGUUCUUCUCAAUUCUAG